AUGCGAUUACUCAGACCGGAUUCCUCAUGGAUAACACGUUUAUUCAAGCCACCGACUUGCCUGUUGCAGCUUCCAGCGCGGAGUGAGAGAGAAUCGCACUGAGGCACGAGCGGUUUUCCUCCCCACUGUAACGGCUCGACUCUCCGACAUAUCCAAAAGACGAGCUGGGGGGAAGAGAAAGAGGAAAGGGGGGAAAUCCCGCUUCGUCUUCAUCCUCUUCAGAUCUUGCCGUCUGAUUUUUUGGUUUGAACACUGCCGAUACAUGUCAGGCGUGUGAAAGCGCCCCAGGUGCCGUGUAUCAGAGCAGAAGCGGAGCAGCUCUCGGGAUCUCAGGCUCCUGAAAAAAAAAACCUGAAAGAGAAACAUGCCGCGGAGGAAACAGCAAGCGCCCCGGCGCUCGGCAGCAUAUGUGCCAGACGAGCUAAAGGAGGCUGCCUUACUAGAUGAGGAUGUUGAAGGAGAGGAUUCAGCUGGGGAGGAGGAACCUGCCAUGAAGUAUGUGUGCCAGGACAAGGACUCUCCACCGGCGGAUUUCUCCAGCCAUGAGAUGGACAGCGAGUCACACCUGAGUGAGUCCAGUGACCGCAUGUCAGACUUUGAGAGUGCCUCAGUGAAGAACGAAGAAGAUAGUUCAGCCAAGGAGCCCCUCACAUCUCUUUCUUCAACUUCAUCAGUGAUGAUGAUGACAACAGCCACGCCAAGCAGUGAGGAGGCGACACAAUUAGGCCCAGACAGCCUGGAGCAGAUGAAAGCUAUCUACACUAGCUUCCUGACCAACUCCUACUGGUCAUCGCUGAACUUGAAUAUGUCUCGGCAAACAGCAGAAAAGCCCCCACGUAGUCACAGUAGUAGCAGCAGCAGUAGUAGCAGCAGCAGUAGCUGUGGUAAUGGCGGUUACGACUGGCACCAGACAGCAGUGGCUAAGACGUUGCAUAAUGUUUCACAAAACCAGAGUAGACUGCUGCACCCAGCAUCUGAGCCAAACCUCUUCAGUACUGUGCAGCUUUAUCGGCAGAGCACCAAACUCUAUGGUUCCAUCUUCACUGGUGCAAGCAAAUUCCGCUGCAAAGACUGCAGUGCCGCGUAUGACACUCUGGUCGAGCUCACUGUGCACAUGAAUGAGACAGGCCACUACCGAGAUGAUAACCAUGAGACAGACAGUGAAGGUACCAAGCGCUGGUCAAAGCCUCGCAAGCGUUCCCUGCUGGAGAUGGAAGGAAAAGAGGAUGCCCAGAAAGUUCUUAAGUGCAUGUACUGUGGUCAUUCCUUUGAGUCACUGCAGGACCUUAGUGUUCACAUGAUCAAGACGAAACACUACCAGAAAGUGCCUCUGAAGGAACCAGUAACUCCUGUGGCAGCCAAGAUUAUCUCCUCCGCUCGUAAAAGAGCCCCCAUUGAGCUAGAACUACCCAGCUCACCAGAUUCCAAUGGUGGCACCCCCAAGCCUUCUCUGUCUGACCCCAACGACCUUCUUCAAAAGACCCCCAAUCCCUACAUCACACCCAACAAUCGGUAUGGACACCAGAAUGGUGCUAGUUAUGCGUGGCAGUUUGAGUCACGGAAAUCCCAGAUCCUGAAGUGCAUGGAGUGUGGAAGCUCGCAUGACACACUGCAGGAGCUGACGGCCCAUAUGAUGGUCACAGGACACUUCAUCAAGGUUACUAAUUCUGCCAUCAAGAAAGGCAAACCUAUCAUGGAGUCGAUGUCCACAAUUUUUCCGUUCUUUUACCACCCCCCCACCCACUCAUAUGUGCCAGACGAGCUAAAGGAGGCUGCCUUACUAGAUGAGGAUGUUGAAGGAGAGGAUUCAGCUGGGGAGGAGGAACCUGCCAUGAAGUAUGUGUGCCAGGACAAGGACUUACUCCUUAAAGACAGGCAAGGCUUCCAUGACUCUCCACCGGCGGAUAUCUCCAGCCAUGAAAUGGACAGCGAGUCACACCUGAGUGAGUCCAGUGACCGCAUGUCAGACUUUGAGAGUGCCUCAGUGAAGAACGAAGAAGAUAGUUCAGCCAAGGAGCCCCUCACAUCUCUUUCUUCAACUUCAUCAGUGAUGAUGAUGACAACAGCCACGCCAAGCAGUGAGGAGGCGACACAAUUAGGCCCAGACAGCCUGGAGCAGAUGAAAGCUAUCUACACUAGCUUCCUGACCAACUCCUACUGGUCAUCGCUGAACUUGAAUAUGUCUCGGCAAACAGCAGAAAAGCCCCCACGUAGUCACAGUAGUAGCAGCAGCAGUAGUAGCAGCAGCAGUAGCUGUGGUAAUGGCGGUUACGACUGGCACCAGACAGCAGUGGCUAAGACGUUGCAUAAUGUUUCACAAAACCAGAGUAGACUGCUGCACCCAGCAUCUGAGCCAAACCUCUUCAGUACUGUGCAGCUUUAUCGGCAGAGCACCAAACUCUAUGGUUCCAUCUUCACUGGUGCAAGCAAAUUCCGCUGCAAAGACUGCAGUGCCGCGUAUGACACUCUGGUCGAGCUCACUGUGCACAUGAAUGAGACAGGCCACUACCGAGAUGAUAACCAUGAGACAGACAGUGAAGGUACCAAGCGCUGGUCAAAGCCUCGCAAGCGUUCCCUGCUGGAGAUGGAAGGAAAAGAGGAUGCCCAGAAAGUUCUUAAGUGCAUGUACUGUGGUCAUUCCUUUGAGUCACUGCAGGACCUUAGUGUUCACAUGAUCAAGACGAAACACUACCAGAAAGUGCCUCUGAAGGAACCAGUAACUCCUGUGGCAGCCAAGAUUAUCUCCUCCGCUCGUAAAAGAGCCCCCAUUGAGCUAGAACUACCCAGCUCACCAGAUUCCAAUGGUGGCACCCCCAAGCCUUCUCUGUCUGACCCCAACGACCUUCUUCAAAAGACCCCCAAUCCCUACAUCACACCCAACAAUCGGUAUGGACACCAGAAUGGUGCUAGUUAUGCGUGGCAGUUUGAGUCACGGAAAUCCCAGAUCCUGAAGUGCAUGGAGUGUGGAAGCUCGCAUGACACACUGCAGGAGCUGACGGCCCAUAUGAUGGUCACAGGACACUUCAUCAAGGUCACUAACUCUGCCAUAAAGAAAGGCAAACCUAUCAUGGAGUCGAUGUCCACAAUGGCUCCUAACACCAUACCUACUAAUGAAGACAAGGUACAGUCAGUGCCACUGGCUGCCACCGCAUUUUCCCCACCACCACCUGCACCUCCUCCCCCUAGUAUCUCUCCUGCCAUCACACCCAUGGAGAUUAAAAAGGAGGAGAAGGAAGUGGAGUGUACCAAGGAGACAAAUAAUAGCAAAGACAAGAAGGCAACAGACAGUGAGACCGACGAGAAGUUUGAAGUCUCAUCCAAACAUCCAUAUUUGACAGAGGAAGAUCUUGAAGAAAGCCCUAAGGGGGGGUUUGACAUUCUGAAGUCUCUCGAGAAUACAGUAACAUCUGCCAUCAACAAAGCACAGAAUGGCACACCCAGCUGGGGAGGCUACCCCAGUAUUCACGCUGCCUACCAGCUUCCAAACAUUAUGAAACUGUCCCUGCGCAACUCAGGGAAAAGUUCCCCUCUGAAGUAUAUGUUUUCUGGAGAAGAGAUCCUAUCUCCUACCAAAAUCCAACCUCUAAUUUCUCCACCUAGUUGCCAAACAUCCCCUUUGCCCAAAAACAACUUCCAUGCCAUGGAGGAGCUAGUCAAAAAAGUCACAGAAAAAGUGGCUAAAGUAGAGGAGAAGAUGAGGGAUCCUGGAGCUAGAUCUUCCCCACUUAGACGGACCACACCCUCCCCUUGCAGUAGCGAUGCAGGGGAAUCUGCCAGGGGGGAUUCCCCCAAGGAAAGGAGAGGAGCUAAAACCCCUGAGACUAAUGGAGGCGGAAACACUCACAAAGACUCAAAUGGAGAUGCUCUUACAAAAGAGUCUCUGGAGAAUGGUACUGACCAUGUUGUCAAAGCCCCUAUGUCUACCUUAUGCAGCAGCACUGCUAUUAUAACCGACCAUCCUCCAGAGCAGCCAUUUGUCAACCCUUUAAGUGCGCUUCAGUCUGUCAUGAAUGUUCACCUAGGAAAAGCUGCCAAACCUGCCCUUCCGUCCCUUGACCCCAUGAGCAUGCUCUUCAAGAUGAGCAACAGCCUGGCAGAGAAGGCAGCUGUAGCUGCCUCCACUCCAUCUCAGACCAAAAAAACCAACGAGCAUCUAGACCGCUACUUCUACCACAUCAACAAUGACCAGCCUAUUGAUCUGACCAAAGGCAAGAGCGAUAAGAGCAACUCCCUGGGAUCUGCAGCCCUGUCCUCCUCCACCUCCACUCCCACCUCAAUUUCACCAUCAUCGACCAUCACCAUGGCAAAAGCCUCAUCUGCUGUGGCUUCCUUCAUGUCCAACUCGCCUCUGCGAGAAAAUGCCCUGUCCGACAUCUCUGAUAUGCUACGCAACCUCACAGAGAGCCAUGCAUCCAAGUCCUCCACACCAACGAGUCUUUCAGAGCGCUCAGAUAUAGACGGAUCGACGCCGGAGGAAGCAGAGGAGAUAUCUCCCGCACAGAAACGAAAGGGCCGGCAGUCCAACUGGAAUCCUCAGCAUCUACUUAUCUUGCAGGCACAGUUUGCCUCCAGUUUGCGGCAAACGGGUGACGGCAAGUACAUUAUGUCGGACCUCAGUCCACAGGAGCGCAUGCAUAUUUCCCGCUUCACUGGCCUCUCAAUGACCACCAUCAGCCACUGGCUGGCCAACGUCAAAUACCAGCUGAGGCGGACAGGUGGCACAAAGUUCUUGAAAAAUCUAGACACUGGCCACCCUGUCUUCUUCUGCAGUGACUGUGCAUCACAGAUCCGUUCCCCCUCUACCUAUGUCAGCCAUCUUGAGUCACAUCUGGGCUUCCGGCUCAGGGACCUGGCCAAGUUGUCUGGAGAGCAUCUCGUUAGCCAGAUUUCACGCCAUAGCAAGGGGCUUUCUGAGAAACUGCUUUCAACCCAAGCGCAUUCUUUGGCCCAUUCAAUCCCCAACCCCAGCCCUCACUCACUUUCCCCCUCCCCUUCCCCAGAUGAGGAGGCAAAUGGCACCUCAUAUCAGUGUAAACUGUGUAACCGGACUUUUGCCAGCAAGCACGCUGUCAAGCUCCAUCUGAGUAAGACCCAUGGUAAAUCCCCUGAGGACCAUCUUAUGUAUGUUAGUGAACUUGAGAAACCUUAGCGAUGGCCAAGGACAAAAACUGUCUCUCAUCUCUUUAAUUCCUGUCCUUUUUUCAAGCCUUCUGACUCACAUUUCUUAAGGAAAAAAAAAUAUAUAUUAAAAGAACUGAAAGUAAUUAACGAAGAACUAACUGCACAUAGAUGCCAGAAAACUACUGUUUAGUUUUGGCACAUCAUUUAGACUUUUCAUCUGGGGAACACUCAUUUGGCCCUAGAGACAUUCAUUUUCUGCAUUUUUAGUUCACAAUGGAAAACAGAGAAAAUUAUGACAAAUGAUUUUCUAACUGUGCAGUGCUGAGUGAAGAGGUCACUGGUAAAAUAUGAAGGUAAAUAAAAAGACUUAAAAUGAAGUUGUAUGUAUUUGAAAGUUGUGUAAAUUGAAUUUUUUUGGCAUCCUUGAGAUGCAGUAAGCUGCAUGCAUUAAUUAAAUGGUUUAGUUCAAUAUUUGAUAACUAAAUCUGGCCUUUUCUUUAUCUCUCGCUUUACUUCUCUCUUAUUUUUAUUGUAUUUUUUUCCUCUUUUCUUUUUUUUUUUUAUGUGACCUAAGUAUGCUGGUGUCAGCAGAAACAUUUAACCCUCUGAGUACGCCUAAAUACUUAUAUUUACAACCCCCCAAAAGUAAACAAAAAUAUAUGUAUAAAAAAGAGAGAAAUUAAGAGAUUGGAAAUCACUGAGUUGAUAUGUAUUUGAGUGGGUAAAUUCAAGGGUAUUUUGACUAUCCACUAAAAAUCACCUUGUCUGAUAGAUCACCUCUUACACAGAUUGCAGUGCAGAAAUAUAUGCGAAUCCAAAAUAGCAGUUUUUUAGUUUGCUCAAAUCAGGGGCCUUUAUGAAUUCAGGUCAGUGUAAAAAUGUGUACAUAAAAACAUAAACUAAUUUCUGUCUAAAUUAUGCAUCAUUUUAUAUUUUUUAAUUUACGAUGAGUAUGACUAUCUACUGGUGCACAAUAUAUGAAGACAUUAAUGAAAUUGUUUUGCACAAUAGUUUUAUAAAUAUGUUAUUUAAUAAGAAGAUAUGAACAUGAGAAGAAGAAAAAAAUCACCCUAAAGUUUUAUUUCCAACUCGUGCUCAAAGGGUUAAAACUUCUUGUACAAGACAUUACUUGUUCCAUCAUUUCACUUAAAUGGUUGUAUAAAAAGAUGCUACUUUAUAAUGUAAGGAGGAAUUCCACAAUGUAACCUUUUAUUUAUAAACACUCUUGGUUGUUGUUUCAUAUUGUAGAAUGCCUUUUUGAUUGGUAUCUUUUAUUUUGUUGUUCUGUCUAAUUAUUCCUCCAUAAAGCCACACUGCAGCUUCAUCAUUUUUGGGGAUAUGAAAGGUAACCAUGGUUACCUUACCUCCAAUUGACAGUUCUGCUACGUUUUGGCAGUUAAUUUACUGAACUAACUGACAGCUGCCAGUGAAUGGAAAUCUUAUGUGUAAAAUAUUGGCAUGUUAACAGCACAGGCACUGUUAUGCAUUCUGUGCCGUGUUUCUUUUUUUGUUGUUGUUGACAAUGAAGCACUCAUUAUAUGACUUCAUAUAACCUUUUUUCUACUGCAGCAUUAAAUUGAAAUUGUUUUGG